AAGUAAUACUUUAAGCUAUAAUGUAUAUACGCAUUUUAUUCGGAUUUUUUUUUUUCAUAAAAACAUAGGAUAUAAAAGGAGAAGAGAAAAGGGUCAUUUAUUCAUUUCUAUUUUAUUUUUUAACAAAUCAUCUUAUUUAUUGUAAUGGCAAAAGUAUCUUACAUAUUUGUUGCUAUAGCCCUUAGUUUUUCCGCAAGUGUGCUUGGUCUAACUAAGGAAACUUAUGAAAUUAGCUCUAAUGCCGCUGGAUAUAUGAUCAAUGGCCAAGUUGAAAAUACUAACGCUGGUCUUCGUAUUCCUUUAACUCUUAAUUCCAACCAAAAAAACGCUGCUACUAAUCUAUAUGGUAAAACUAUCGAUAAUCUUAUUGUAAAUGUGGAGUAUGAAACUGAAGAAAGAUUACAUGUGAAGAUUUCAGACGCUCAAAAUAAGCAGCCUGUUGUUCCCAAUUCACCCUUAGGUUUAAUACGUCCAAACAUUACCUCUUAUGCUUUUGAGAAUAGGAAUUAUGAUUUCGAAUAUACUGCCAAACCUUUUGGUUUCAGGGUGAUUCGUAAUAGUGAUAAGACCAUUGUUUUUGAUACUACAAACAUGCCUCUCGUCUUUGAAGAUCAAUAUCUUGAAUUAUCCACCUCCAUUCCUAAAGAUGCUAACAUUUAUGGUUUCGGUGAAGUCACUGCUCCAUUCAAGCGUACUUCUAAUGUUACUACUAUCUGGGCUCGUGAUAAACCUGACCCAUUCUACGGCAAUAUUUAUGGUUCCCAUCCUUAUUAUAGUGAAGUUCGUGAUGGUAAAUCUCAUGGCGUGUUCUUACUUUCUAGUCAUGGUAUGGAUGUUAUUACCGUCGAUGGUAGAAUUACAUAUAAGGUCAUUGGUGGUAUCCUUGACUUUUAUUUCUUUGUUCCUAAAUCUGGUACUGCUGGUGAUCUCAGCAUAGCAUAUACCGAUUUGAUUGGCAAACCUAUGAUGCCUGCACAUUGGAUGCUUGGUUGGCAUCACUGCCGUUAUGGUUAUCACGACAUUGAUGCUGUUGAAACAGUAGUUAAGAAAUAUAAGGAAGCUAACAUUCCUCUUCAAACCGCUUGGAUUGAUAUUGAUUAUAUGGAUCAAUAUAAGGAUUUCACUAGUGACCCAGUAAACUUUCCUAUUAACCGAAUGGUUGACUUUGGUAAAACACUUCAUGAGGACGGACAAAGCUAUGUAGUUAUGGUUGAUCCCGCCAUUAGUGCUAAUUCAACCUAUGAGCCUUACACACGAGGUGUUGACAUGAGUGUAUUUAUCAAGAAUCCUGAUGGAACUGACUAUAUUGGUGCUGUCUGGCCAGGCUAUACUGUUUUCCCUGAUUGGUGGCAUCCCAAUGCUACUGCCUACUGGGAGAAGGAGAUUAUUGAUUGGGUCAAUCUUCUUGGCGUGGACGGUUUAUGGAUUGAUAUGAAUGAGCCCUCUAGUUUCUGUCUUGGCUCUUGUGGUUCAGGCAAAAUUAAUGCUGGUCUUCAAUCUCAAAAGGUGCUAGAUAAAGAACAUGCUGCUCAAGAAGCUGCAUUAAAUGCUAUGGGUAACCCUAAGGGAGAAACACGUAAUCUAUUAUAUCCCAAGUAUGCUAUUAAUAAUGGUGCUGGAAACUUAUCUGAACAUACUGUCGCUACAACCGCUGUCCAUUAUGGUAAUGUACCUCACUAUGAUAUCCAUAAUCUUUAUGGUUAUGCCGAAAGUUAUCACACUCGCAAUGCUCUUAUUAAGCAUAAUGAUAGUAUUAGACCAUUUAUCUUGACCAGAUCUUCCUUUGCUGGUUCUGGUAAAUAUGCUGGUCAUUGGACAGGUGAUAAUCACUCUUUAUGGUCUUAUCUUAAGACUUCCAUUGCUAAUGUUUUGAAUAUGCAAAUGUUUGGUAUCACCUAUUCUGGCUCUGAUGUUUGUGGUUUCCUUGAAAACACCACUGAACAACUUUGUACACGUUGGAUGGAACUUGGUUCUUUCUAUCCAUUUGCUCGUAACCACAACAACAAAGGACAAAUUGAUCAAGAACCUUAUCUUUGGAAGAGCACAGCUGAAGCCAGUCGUAUUGCCCUUAAUAUCCGUUACACUUUACUUCCUUAUUACUACACUCUCUUUGAAGAAUCUAAUCGUUUGGGUACUGGUGUCUGGAGACCACUCUUCUUUGAAUAUCCUAACUAUGAGGAACUUUCUUCCAACGAUGUCCAAGUCCUUCUUGGUUCAGAUAUUUUAAUUUCACCUGUUCUUUAUGAAAACGCAACAACCGUUGAUGCUCAAUUCCCUAUCGGUAUCUGGUAUGACUGGUACACUCAUGAAGUUACAGUUAACAACGACGCUGUUACAAAAGUUACAUUAGAUGCACCCUUGGCACAUAUUCCUCUUCAUAUUCGUGGUGGUAGUAUUAUACCCGCUAAGACACCCAAAUACACUGUUGGUGAGACAUAUGCUACUGACUAUAACUUGAUUAUUGCUCUUGACAAUACUGGCUCAGCUUCAGGUAGACUUUAUAUCGAUGAUGGUGAAUCUCUUAAUGUUGCCUCUUAUUCUGAUAUUAACUUUGUCUAUGAAAACGGUCAACUCCAAGCAUCAGGUAAAUUUGGUUACUCAAAACCUGAAAAGCUCAGUUCAGUUACUAUCAUUGGUGAAAAGGCUAGUCAAUUAAAGACUGCUACAGUUGGUAAUACCCGUGCCAAGAAGACAUAUAAAUCUAAACAUACUGGAAAUUCUGUCGUCUUUGAAGGUUUCUCUAUUGACUUGACUCAAACUUUCACUAUCAAAUUUAAUUAAAAAGAAAAAAAAACGCAUAGCAUUUAGUUGUAUAAAAAUAUCUGUAAUUUAGCAUAAUUAUUAAAUAUGAUGUAAAAAAUAAAAUAAAAUAAUUUUUUGGCUUUAUUUUA